GGAGUUUCCGUGGGCGUGUCCGAUCUAAUCCUAUAUUUAAGUAUAUUUGACGCUGUUAGCCACGCCCCAGAUUUGUACAGAUGGUUAGCUGUCUUUUAAAAAGUUCAAUACGUUGUGUCAGACAAAAAUAGCAAAGUUUUCAAAACUGAAAAGCAAAUAAGCUAACAGAGCGAGUACUAUAUUCAUCCAGAGACGGGAUUAAGGACCAACAAAAAGAGCUUCCACGUGCGACAAAAUGAUGUUAUGUUUUAGUGUUAGGAAUAUUGUUACAAGCGCCAUAAAAUCUUGCAAUUACCAUGCGAGAAAUUUUCGAGGAGGACAGUCUACAUUCAGUGCUGUCCAGCUGAAAGGUCGUAGCUUUCUGACUCUAAAAGAUUUUAACUCAGAGGAAAUCAAGCACCUCCUAUGGACAGCAGCGGACCUGAAGCACAGAUUAAAAAACAAAGGACAGUUUCUUCCCUUGCUUCAGGGCAAGUCCAUUGCCAUGAUUUUUGAAAAGAGGAGCACCAGGACAAGAAUAUCCACAGAGACAGGCUUUGCGCUGCUGGGAGGGCACCCCUGCUUCCUCACCACACAAGACAUUCAUCUGGGAACCAACGAGAGUACCGCUGACACAGCAAGAGUGCUGUCUGGACUGACUGACCUGAUCCUAGCCCGGGUUUACAGCCAGUCCACGAUCGAGGAGCUGGCCAAAGAGGCUUCUAUCCCGGUAAUCAAUGGCCUGUCAGACAUGUACCACCCCAUCCAGAUCCUAGCAGACUUCCUCACCCUUCAGGAGCACUAUGGGUAUUUAAAUGGAUUGACGGCGUCAUGGAUUGGAGACGGUAACAACGUGUUACACUCUUUUAUGAUGGCGGCUGCGAAACUUGGUGUCCAUCUUAGAAUUGCUACUCCAAGGGGAUAUGAGCCUGAUGCUAGUGUAAUCAGAGAAGCUGAGAAAUUGUCAAAAGAGAGUGGUACCAAAUUGUUCCUUACAAACAAUCCUCUGGAAGCGGCUCGUGGGAGCAAUGUGUUGGUGACUGACACCUGGAUAAGUAUGGGCCAAGAGGAGGAGAAGAAACAGAAACUGAAGGAUUUCCAUGGUUACCAAAUUACCAUGCAGACUGGAAAGGUGGCUGCCCCGGACUGGACAUUCUUGCACUGCCUGCCCCGCAAACAGGAGGAAGUGGAUGACGAGGUCUUCUACUCCCAGCGCUCUCUGGUCUUCCCAGAGGCAGAGAACAGGAAGUGGACGAUCAUGGGCCUGAUGGUCUCCCUGCUAACUGAGUACACACCUCAGACACCGAAGCCCAGGUUCUAAUCCAUGGAGAAGAGAGAACAAUAGCUCUUUACAACAGAAUCUUCUGGAUGAUGUGUUCCAAAGCAUCAUAGCCUUUACCUUGUGAUUUAAAGUAAUUGUAGCUAACAAUAUAAUUACAGAAAUCUUAGCAAUUUUACAUUUGCAUUAGCUACAUGGGUCUCAGAUGUGCAGUUUUAAAAGAAACAUGUGUUAUUUGAAUUUUAAAACAGGAUAUCUUGUACUACUUGAGGUCAAAGGAAGCUCUGUUUCUAUGCCUUAUUCUUGGGUUAUCUUAUUCUCCCUGGGUCAUUUCACUGACUGAAAGCAUGUUAGUCAAUAGGGGAAGCAGCUGAUUGGUUAUUGGAAGGAAAGGGGUGGAGACAAUUUCGCUCUCCAGGUGAAAUGACCCAGGAAGCAUAAGACAGUCAGAAAGCAUGGCUUCCAAACAGGUUUUCUUUAACUAGUGUAGUACAUUUGAGACCUAUAAGAUGAAUCUAUGUGCAUGGCAGAUGCAUUUUAGUUUUUUUUUUUUUUUUUUUUUUUAACCCUUUUUUUAAAA